CAAUGAAUUCAUUUGCCCAUAUAAAUACUUCGAAGGAUAAGAUCAAUGUACAAUACACCAGAACUAAAUAAAUGCAAAAAGAAGGAAAAGAGAUCGGAACAAUAUCAAAAAUAACUUAAAAAAUACAGUUCAUGCCUGAAUAAUAACGAAAAGACAUCAGAUCUGAGUUUAUCUACGAGUGGGACGAAUUAUAAAAUAAAAAUAUCCUCUUUGCUGCCUCAGAUUACAGUUGAAG